GUUAUCUUUUAACAACGGAACAUAAGAGAUAUGGUCAAAUGACAAAUUAGCAUUUGUGAAUAAGGCGGAUCGUUUCGUGUACAAGUAUGUACAAGAUAUUGGUAACGGCUUUUCUUAUUUCCAGAGCGUAUUGCAAUUUGGGUGAUUGCAAAACUAACCACGACUGCAUUAAUUACUGCGCGCAAGUGAAUCCGAAUACGGUUUCAUCAGAAUGUAACGAGGAUGACCAGUGCUUCUGUGACCCAGGAACAACCACCAAGAUGACGACAUCGACAACGACCUCUGCUUCUUCUUCGCGAAAUACCGUGGGGACGUCUACUGAUGCAUCGCAGACAUCGCCUUCGACCCGAAGUCCGAUGUGCCACUACUUUAAUUCCACACGCCAUCUGUGUAAGGACAAUUCUGCCUGUCGUUUGCAACAUGUCCUAGGAGUUAUUUGUCCUGAUCCUGCUGAAGUCAUCUAUUGUCCACAAAAGUGCGGAUGCUGUUAAACCAGUUUCAAAAACUGCGAUUGGUACUGUUCGAAUAAAAUAACUUGUUUGCAUUAUAUAAGCAGUUGCGUUAAA